CACGGCGACGACGACGCCACCUGUCUCGCGCACGCUGGCUCGAGAUCAGAAAGAGUUUUCUUUCCUUCUUUCCCUCUCCGCUUGCUAUUUGUUCGCGUCUUUGGGCGUCUUCCGCGCCCGUGUCUCUCCCGUGCGCCUCGUUCUCGUCUUCCUCCUCUGCUUCUUCGUCUUCUUCUUCUGACGUCGACGAAUCCCGCUGAUCCCACGGGCCUCGUCAACCCGCUCUAUCGUGGUGGCCUCGAUGGUCGUGUAGCCUGCUUUGCCGUUCCUUGCUUCGGCCAAUUCUGCUGCUGCUACCGAGCGCCUGCUCAGGUACCUUUGUGGCCGUGACGACAACACGACGACACCACCGCCCCCAACGGCGCCGUCGACGACAACGACAGCAACAUCAACCACAACAGCUGCUGCUGCUCCAGCCUGGUGGAACGGCUCUCUCCAGCAAGACACAGGCACACCCCCCCCGACGCUGCCGCCGCCGCCGCCGCCAACGUCGUUUCUCUCUGCUCGAUUCACGCGGCUUCAGCUUUAGUGAGUGAGCCACCAAUCGCAUCCCGGUCUGGCCUGCGCUUCUCGAUCGGUUUUUCCCCCCAACCCUGCUCUGGCCCUUCGUCCUUGCACCUGGCUAUGACGAAUCUGCUCGCGACUGGGGCGCCUGCGUCAAGCUUGUUCAACGGUGGAGACUUCACGUCCCUCCGUUUUCUUGUCUGUUAAAUCAUACAGACCUCGUCGCCGCCAAUGUCCGAGACAUGACGCUUGCUUCGUCUUUUCCCCUCUGUGUACUUCGCGCAACCUCCAUCCCACCAAUCUCCCCCCUUUGACUUCUUCGUCUUGUCCUUCGCCUACCUGCAAUUGUACCUUCGACAAGAGAGACCCUGCGUCUAUCUGUUUGCAUGGUGCCCGUCUUAUCAGCCUCGUUUGGGACCGCCAUUCACCGCAUCUGACUGACCUUUUCUGGAUCCGCUUCACAGCUUUGUCCGCUCCUCUUCUUCUCUCCUCUCCACUCCCAAUCCGUCCGUCUAUCGUUUGAAGCUAGCACAUAACGUUUCCGUGCACAAGUUGCUACUCACCCCUGCUCCCUCAACGACGCACGCCCCGACACAUUCUACAAACAUCCAUCGACGACGACGACCGCAUCCACCACAAUCAUGGCCGCGCCCACCAUUCCUCCACGUCCUUCUCGCUCGCAGAACAUGCCCGCAGCCUCUGCCACCAUCGAUGUUCCUCAGGUGCCUGCUCGCCCUAGGCGCAGUGUUGAGCGCUCUGUGAGUCCGAACCGAGACAGAUUUGCGCCCUCCCCCCUCAACAAUCCGGCCUAUCUGCACAAGGUUCCUAGCUCCGAUAAGCAUGGCAGUGGUCUCGCGAAGGAGGUGCCCGCCCGUCCUCCGUCUGUGACGCUGCCUUCUGUCGGCCAGGAGGGUAGCGAAUACGACCACGCAACCCCCGUGCUCCAGGCAGACGAGGCGGAUGCAGUUGCGACGACCUCCAACACAGCGGACGACCUGCCUCUUCAUGCCCCAAAGGCCUCACUGCCCGUAGCGGCGGCGAAGCAGCGCAUUGCUGCCGUUACGAGGACCGAUUCUUCCCAGGCGGCUGCUCUGGGCAUCGGCAAGGCCCACAGCAACGCCUCUGACACGGAUGUGGGCGUCGAUCUGGACAGGUCCAGCUCAAGGCAGUCGCAGACACGCUCGCGACCUCCAAGCUUGUACAGGCAGGACACGAACGAGCACGAGGAGCAUGGCAUUCCCGUCAUUGGACUGCAGGUACCCAUGUACCCAAACGCCGGCGACGUGCAGGCGCCCACGCCUUCUCCUGGUCUCGCCGGCCCUGGCCAAGGUGCUGGCUUCCACAGCAGCGGUGGACAGGGUACGCCCAGACAUCAUUCGCGUACCAAGAGCGGUCGUGAGAUCUUCUACGGUCCGCCCGGAAGCUAUGGACUGCAUGGCCACGGCAUCAACAAGGCCGACCCGUUCGAGAAGGCGUGGUACGAGAGGCAUCCAGAAGCUCUAGCUCGCGAGCAAAAGGGCGAGUAUGGGCCCGCGAUCAGUGAGGAAAGGAAGGAAUGGGCUUUGAGCUCCGACGAGCUCAACAAGCUGGUGCACACCACAUCUCAUCCAGGCGUCGGCUCGUCACCAGCUAUUGUUGGCACACCCGGCGAAGAUGUUGGCUACAUAGCUUCUGAGGAGUACGCGCAGCGCCUGGCCUCUCGACCCAACUCAACGAAGCCUCGCCGUCCCAGCUCGCAGACCUUCGCUGAAUCCCCGCUUCGCAAGAUGAGCUUCCCAACUGACGCGUUAGAAAGCGCCGUCAAGCAGAUCAAUCACUCCAAGCAUGAUCACGCGCUGGACAGCGAGGUGGAGGAUGACACCAUUCACGUUGAUAUUCCGCGAUCCCCAUAUGUCGGUGCAGCGCGCUCUGUUGAUGGCCACGCCGACUCUGGAGACGACAUUCCCAUCCUGGCCGCUGACGAGGCUGCGUACCGUCCUGACGCGCAAUACAUGCAGCCUGCCGUCGAACCGGAGUUUGAGCGCCGCAGCACUACCUAUCUGGAGUUAUCGGACGGUACCAGCCACGCGCAUAGCCGCUCGAACAGCAUCAACAAGAUCUCCGAGCAUCAGCUAGCUCACAUCGCCGGCAGAGGCGAAACACUUCGCCCCGAGAGCGUCGGCACGCCUCUUGAGGAUGUCAAGGAAUAUGAACCAUUAUUCGACGAUGAUGAUGAACCUCGUGCGGACUCGGCGCCCGCUACCGUUGGAGGUGCCCAGAACAAGUCCAACACGAAGCGCCCUGAUCUUGCCCGUCACCACUUUCCUAGCAGGGAUGUGUGGGAAGAUGCUCCGGAUAGCUUGAACUACGUCACGACGGUUGAGGCUCCUCAAGAUGUCGAAGAGAGCCACCCGGCUGCCGAGCAUGAGCCGAAGGGCGUCUACGAACCUCCUGCGGACGAGCAGGCCCGGAAGACGGCUGAAAAGAAUGAUCAGGAGAAAUUGUUGCCGGAUCAAAUGAAAAGGCUUUCUGGAGAGGUUGCAGCCGGUGCGGCUUCCCGUCCUCCCGUCCAGCCGCGUUUCCCAAGCAAAGAUAUCUGGGAGGAUACGCCAAGCAGUCAGCUGUACACCACGACUAUCGAUCCAGAGGACGAAGAAGUUACUUCUCCCGUCGAGACAAAGCAGCCGCAGGUACCGGCCAGACCCGCCAGGAAGGCGGCCGAACCUUCAUCUGACGAACCACGUCAGGUUCCAGUCGUGCCCGCCAGGCCCAAGCCAAGCGUGCCGGCACGCCCAAGCCGGUUCCGCGGCUCUGACGCUUCUGAGGAAGCUUCGCUGGCCAAGUCGACCUCCAGGGAUUCGAAUGAGGGCGGCGCGUCGGUUCCAAAGUCCAAACCGGCCGUGCCCGUUCGUCCUGGAGGCAGCGGCAAGAUCGCCGCUCUUCAAGCAGGCUUCAUGUCCGACCUGAACAAGAAGCUCGGUCUGGGUCCGCAGGCGCCGAAGAAGGAGGAGCCGAAGGUGGAGGAUGAGCCAGCGGAAGAGAAGGCCCCGUUAGCAGACGCGAGGAAGGGUCGGGCUCGUGGCCCUCAGAGGAGAAGACCAGGUGUUUCGCCUUCUGGUGCUGGUGGCGACUCCGGCCCCAUGUCUGCUCCGUCAAGACCAGUCUUCAAGUUUACCAUUUCGCGGCCGCAGACAAUAUGGGAGGUGGAUGAAGGUGUGCUCAGCGUGCCAGUCUCGGCGCCCACUCUUGAGACGGCGCAAGCUGUCGCCGAGGCCGCAAAGAAUGGAACGCCUGCUGAGAUUCACAUUAGCUCCGAAGAAAAAGCCGCGGGCGAGCCCUUGCCAGCUACAGUUGCAGGUACAGCCGUUGAAGACACCCCACUGGAAAACAGUGCAAGUAAGGACCCCGCUGAGAGCACGGAAACGGCCGUGCAAACGGGAGAGACAACUCUGCAUAGUACAGACGCGGCGACGGGCGAGGUGACGAAAGCCACGGCUUACGUCGGCGGCAAAGCGCCCGAGGAAGGAAAUGUUGUUGUGACGGAUGAUGGUAAAGAGCAUAUCAGUGCCAGCUGAUUCUACUUGGAAACAUUCCGUUUCAACAUAGAGAUGGCACCCACUGGGCGGCUCAGAUUGCAUAACAAGAAAAAAAAGGGAGGAGCAUACAUACGGAUAUUUUUUUGUUUCUCAACUGACUAACAAAUUUUUUAAAGAGCACGAACUUUUUAAACGAGAGGCGGAUAAUAUAGGAGCAAAAAAAAAAAAAAUCACACGAUGUGGGUUGUAUGAACUGGAGAUUGACGAAGACAGUUAGUGUAGUUACGGUGGUUGAUCGCGAUGGAGACGUGGAUGAGGAUUAUAUUGGGGACACGUGGGACGGCUCACGUCCGUGUCUUUCUCCUUUUCUUUCAACGUCUUUGUCUUCCUUUGUCUCGUAUCUUUGCUUUCGAAGCAUCGAAGCACUCCUUCCCGUUGGUUAUAUAUACAUGCAUCGUUUGCGUCGAGCAUGGCUUCUGCCGCUUCUUAGAUUCAAGCCUCGCAGUCAUGGCAUCAAAAUCCAUCGAACCCCACAUAUCCGCACGUCUCCUACACGGAAGUUGGCCAUGCAGUCCUGUGGUUUUGUAAGCGCCGCGCGAUUCUGCCUGCUGCGUCUUGGUAGAACGGGCUAGAAGAGACAGGGCGUUACACUCUCAAUGUUUAUCAUAUCUCUGUCCCUCUCUCC